AUGACCAGGAAGCUCUUCACAAACACGCGGGAGCGCUGGAGGCAGCAGAACGUGAACAGCGCCUUUGCCAAGCUGAGGAAGCUCAUCCCCACCCACCCUCCAGACAAAAAGCUGAGCAAGAACGAAACCCUUCGCCUGGCGAUGAGGUACAUCAACUUUCUGGUCAAGAUCUUGGGGGAGCCAAGCCUGCCGCCAACGACAGUGGCUGCUCAGGGAGACCUCCUGGGCCUCUUCCCCCAAGGACCUCGCCUGCCCGAAUUGGAGGGUAGCACUGUACUCAGUGACUACCGGGUUUCCUCACCCUGCCCGAGCCACCACCUUCUGUAGCGUGGCUGUGGCCGUCCUCUCCCAGGGCAGCACUUGUGCAGGUGUCACUGGCUGAGGCCAGCCUUUUCACGGUCCAGGUUGGCCUUGAUGAAUAGCCGGUGAGGCACGGAUUUGGGCUUCAUUGGAGUCUCUCUCUCAGAGAGCUGAGAAGAGCCUAAGGAGAACACUGCCCUAGAUUCCUUCCAUUCCCCGCUGACGCCUCAGGCAAAACAGCCUGCUCCUCCUAUUUUAUAAAUCCAGGCUCUGCAUAAAUAUUUGCAAAAAAAAUCAUAGGUUUAAAAAUCUACCAUUUUGAUCAUUGUCUUCAGUAAUAAGAAAGGAGUUUUCUCAAAAUACAUCUCAGAUGAAUAAGCAGAGUAUGUUUUCCUCAGAACAUAUUUAAAAGUUUGUGUUGAAAAAUGAGACUAUUUGAUCAAAGGCAAACAAAAUAAAUCUUAAGAUUGAUGAAUGAAAGAUACGCCCAGCAAAAACCAGCCUGAGAGAUGUGUGGGAAAAUCGGUGGAGGAAGGCCCUCCUGAGGAAUGGGAUUACAUUCUUCCUCCUGCGGAACACAUUCUUUAAAUUCUGUGGAAAUGCGAGGUGCUUACUGAUGGGGAGCCAUUUGUACAUGUUAACUCCAAAGCCAAUAGUGGAUUGCAUCUGUAAAAGGAAAGGUUUGAUGAUUUAUCGGUUAGAGUUCACGGUUUUCUUAUUAAAAAAACAAAAGUUAGCUCAAAUAAUUCAGCAAACCUCUUAGUUUCAUGUCAGGUGUUAAAACUUUUAACUAAGGGGCUGGGGAUUUAGCUCAGCGGCAUAAGCGCCUGCCUUGCAAGCAGGCAGUUGUGAGUUCAAUCCCUGGUACCGAUAAAAAUGAAAAAGACAAAAAAACAAACAAACAAAAAAACCCUCUUAACUCAGCCUGAGUUUCCGCUGACUGAAAACCUGUAAAAUUCACUUUUCAUUAUGAAAAUCCUAACAUUACCAUUUAAUGAUUCAUUUAACAACUUAGUUUAAACAAA